AAAAAUCUCUGAGCUUUUCUCUCAAGCUGGACAGUUCAUGUCCCUGGAUAUUAACGUUGAGCACUUUUACUUGCUGUUACGAGGGCAUGCUUUCGAGAAUGUCGACAUUUCUCAAAAAGUCAAGGAUUAUAUUCUGAAAGCUUCACUUCCUAUCAACACCCAGCUAGUACCUCUCAUUAAAGAAUAUGUAAACAGUAUCUUCUAUUCACCGCAAGUGCACGCAUUGUCUGAAGAAUCAAUAGCAGACACCUUGAGUCAAAGAGUGAACGUGACAGCCUCACAAGUGAUUCUUCUUUUCUAUGUAUUAUAUUACAACGAAUCCAUCCCGUCCCAGUCAAUCACAGAAUUUCCAGCAUAUUCUGCAGCAUUACUCGAAAGCGUGCCUGUAAAGCAUAUUCUAGAUCAUGCAGAACUUUCACCUGGCUUCAGUGAUAUAUACCCUGAUCUGCUGUGCUGUGUUGCAAACCAGUUCCCUGAACUAUUUGAUGUGAAUGCCGCCCUUAUAGCGGCUGGCAGCCGAGAGCGGGCGGAUAUGGAAUCAAGGUUCACCUUGAAAAAACCGAGACGAGCUAUUAAUAUGAAUGUACUGAAAAGUCACUUGCACCAACCGGUUGAGGCAGCAAGAGAACUGAGAUAUGUGGUUACUUUACCACCUGCUGAUCUUAUGGAUAGAAUGGACGCGGUUGUGAGCACAGUGUUACCAUCUCUUUUGGACGAACGGUCUUCUCCGACAGUGCAGGAGGCAUUCAUCGCAGUGUGGGAUACUAUGAACAGCUUGGCGCCCCGUGAACUAUGGGUAUCAACUGUCAACUGCCUUUGUAAUGAAGAUACUCUCUUCACACUAAAUUCCCUUAUGGCCGAUCCCAUCAUUCUAUUCAAGGCUGAUACCAGGAUAUUUCGUUCACCUAUACUGUUUCCUAUAUUUUUAUCUCUGUUGGGCAGCCUAAGGACAGCCUCCAAGCACAAAGCAUGGCAACGGUUUUCUGCAGUGUUUGCUCAGAAGGAGCAACUUUUUAAUGCACGAAAUCUCACGACUAUGAUGUAUGCGCAAGACUCGACCAUGCUUCAAUUUCUUCUUGAAAUAUGUUUGCGGAAGGAUGACGAACCAACAGACCCGCUUGAAUCGAUACGGCGUCAGAUAUGCAGCUUCAUUCAUGGCUUAUUUAUCGAUGACCAGAUCCUUUUGAAGCUGCUACAUUUCCAGACCUACGAUAAGCGCUUGUUGCCGAUGAUGAUGAAACAUGUUCCUUCUAUAUAUAUUACAUCCAACUUUUUAGGCGAACUGUUGAGGCAGCCGCAACCCGAGCAACAGGUGUUUGGCAUACUAUUGGCUGGCUAUUUGUUUGAGAAGUAUCCUUUAGAGAAUUAUGCGCAGUUAGUCGAAAAAAGCGUUCUCCCUAGAUUGUCUAGAUUAGCGUUUCCAAAAACAAGAGAUGGCUCAGUCCCUGCCAUACAACCCACACCUUAUCUCCUUGAAGCAUUGCCUGCAACCCGUCUCCUGGCUGAGGCUUUCCCCCACCUUGCCCCUGAGAUUCUAAACAUCUUAAACGAUAUAUAUACCGCACUACCAUCUACGAAGGAUGUGGAUUUCUGGGCAGAUCCAAAGUCGAUGAUCAAUGAACAGAUUCGUACUCGUUUAGACCAGUUGAAGCCUCUUGUACAGUUUCAGGCAGAUAACAUGGACCGCGUCAAUAAAAGCACUAUGUAGACUUUAAUUAAAAGCACAAUCUCCGGAUAACCCCGAGAAAAUAAAAGUACACAGAAAAAUCAAAAAGAUAUAUGAGGAGGGAAAGAGAAAUACAAA